AUGUCUGCCGACGUUGAGAUGGACUUCAGACAAUUGCCCUUGAGUGAGCAGAAUGGGCUUGAUGCGCCGAGCCCCUACCGUGACAUGGUGGAGGAAGUGGCGGAUUAUCGGCCUGGUCUACAUCAUCCCAUAAAUCUUGGUGAAUACAUUGGCGUAUGUCGCCAAUACCGCGUUCUAACCAAGCUUGCCGUGGGCAAGAAUUCCCUGGUCUGGAUGUGUCGUAACAUUCGGAAAAAGCCCACCCCAUAUGUUGCGAUUAAGAUCCGCAACGCGCACCUCUCGCACGGAAAUAGGCUGAAGGAAGAACGCGAAAUGACUUGGCACCUUCAGAAUCUCGCAAAAGAUGACCCUUCGAUUGCUAAAUAUUGUAUGCUCCCGAUUGACGAGUUUGAAAUCGAGGGACCGAAUGGGACACAUCAGUGCCUUGUUUACCCGGCUGCAGGUCCCCAACUACUUGAGAUCAACAAAAAGGUCAAAGGAGACCCGGUCAAAUUUCUGCGAAAGCUGGCAUACCAAGCUGCAGAAGCAAUGGCUGCCCUUCACCGACAUGGCAUUUGCCACAGAGACUUUGGCCCGCACAAACUUCUUCUUCGACAAGACUCUCUCACUGGUAAGUCCAAGAGAAAGGCGCUCAAGUACCUAGAGGUUGGAGCACGAAUGAAGAUUCGCAUUGUUUAUAAUACGGAAGGGUGUGGGCUGCCGCGUUCUCACGCGCCAGACUAUAUCGUUCGUCCUAUCCAGUAUGAUGAAAUCGAGGAUGAUGAGCCCAAGAGGACCAAGUUCACCUCAAGCAAUAUCUGCCUGAUUGAUUUUGGAGAAAGUUUUACCCUGCCAAACCAGCCACCAAACGGCGAGGUGAGCGGGGGUUAUUGCGCACCGGAGGUGCUCUUGGAGUCAAGUUCGAAGGCCGGGAUGGCCAGCGAUAUAUGGUCUUUGGCCUACACGAUUUAUGAAAUCAGGACUGGCGAACGUCUAUCUGAUGAACGGUCAACUGAUGUGGAGGACCACCUGGUUCCUAUGGUUGAAAAACUAGGUCCACUUCCGGAGCCCUGGUGGUCUACAACAUGGAAGUCGCGUCGGAACUAUUUCAAAGAUAGGGUAGAUGAUGAUGGAAUGGCUAUACCCACGAAAAACUGGAGCGGACAGAUAGGCAACGAAGUGGUGAGUGAAGGGGAUGACAGCGAUGAAUAUGAUAGCAACGAGGACGACAGCAGUGAGGACGACAGCAGUGAGGACGACAGCAGUGAGGACGACAGCAGUGAGGAUGACAGCGAUGAAGACGACAUCGAUGAAGACGACUUCGGUUGGGGCGAUAAGUGCUAUAUCUCGGAUGCGACCGAUAGCGAAACCGAAGGGGAAGAGAGCAACAGCGACGACAGCGACGACAACGAUGAGACUGACUUUGUCUUCCCUACAAAGGAGGACUGGCUCACAUCUCAAGGUGGCGGGAAUGACAGCGACAAAAGCAAACCCGUCAAUGAUGGCAGCAAUGAACAUAAACUUGACUCACCAAGCAAGAGCCCCAGCCCCCUUCAAUGGACCCUUGACUUCAGUGGUGUGAGACAUUUUCUUAGACGGUCCGAUGGAAAGCCCUGGCGUGGAAAGGUUUCUGGGGUGGAAGCGCACCUGCUUGUAGACUUGCUCUCGAUGAUGCUCAAGUAUGAUCCCAAUGAGCGUCCGACAGCUGAGCAGGUCCUGAAGCACCCUUGGUUCUCGUUUGGGAUGAAGAAAAAUGCAAAGUAA